CGUGCGAGAACACGUGGGUAUACUAUAAUCAUGGCUGCCGAGGAAGAACCCGUUGAUUUGGAAGAAAACGAAAAUUUACAGGAGUCUAAAACAAAGAAAUCAGCUAAACAUGAUUCUGGAGCGGCAGAUCUGGAAAAAGUUACAGACUAUGUUGAAGAAGCAGAAAUUUCUAGUAAAAAUCUUGAUUAUGCUAUGAAAGUAGUGAAUGAUCAACAAACACGAGAAGCUCAAGCCAAACAAGAGAAAGAGAAAGAACUAUCAAAGGUCAAAAUUAACAAAGACGAUGUGGACUUGAUAGUACAAGAGAUGGAGAUUUCGAGAGUAAAAGCUGAAAGGGUUUUGAGAGAACACAAAGGAAAUGUGGUGGAAGCAUUGACUGAACUUAUAAAUUAAUUCAUGUUUGACCCUUUUGUUUAAUCACGCUUAUGAGGAAAUGCCUUUUCUCGAGUUAAAUUUGUAAAAAUGUUUGCUUGGUGUAAUUUGCAUUUCCAUUUGCGAGUCCAUUAAUAAAGAAAAAAAAAAUACAUCUGUAGAUGUAGAACCUGUGUUUUUAUUUGAAUGA